UCGAAAUAGAAGAGCUGCUGAAUUGCAAUAUGCAUUCGGCGAAGAUAAUCAUGAAAAAGCUGAAAACAGAACCAGACCAGCAUUGACCUUUCAGCGUUGAAAAUAUUCAAGCUCAUUAACUUGACAAAUAUCAUUAGAAUUUGCCCAGAAAAUUAUGAUCCCAAGUUGCCAUUGGAUAAAGCAGUUGUAACGGGAUGUCCACUGUUGAGAGGCAUACCUUUAGAUUCUGAAGUGAGACAAGAAGAUGGUGAUGAGGAUAUGGAGCAGGCUAUGUUGCUUUCAACAUCGAGUGGUGAGCACUGAGAUCCAGUACUCGGGUCAGGACCGCAAAUGAUUUGGUACAAGCAUCAGCACGACAAGAUCGCUAUUUUUAUCGAUUCAUACUUUUGUUACAGAUCUCAGUGUGGAAAAGGACUUGUUAAUAUCAAAAUUAGAUGGCAAUACAGCAGCAUGUGCUAGUUGAAGCAAAAGAUCUCAUAGAAAAAGUGGAGGAGGAGUUGGAAAGCAAAGCAGCAGCAACCAAGAACUGUUGUCAUGUGGUUUUUCCUAAUUGGUUGUCUCGAUAUAAUGUUGGCAAGCAUUUAGAGCGAAUGACAAAAACAGUGAAGCAGUUCAAUGAAAGGUUGACAGAGGCACCAAACCGCGUUCCAUCACAACUCACAAUCAAACGCUGUAACAAUGUUAGUAUCUUUGAAUCUAGAAAGAGUCCGUACUAUGAAAUCCUGGCAGCUUUGGAAGAUGAUGCGGUUGACAUGAUUGGUCUUUAUGGAAUGGGGGGUUCCGGUAAGACAUUCUUGAUCAAAGAAGUGUGUAAUCAAUUGAAAAGAGUGAAAUCUUUUGAUGAGGUGGCCUUUGCCGUGGUGUCCAAUUCUGCAGACAUGAGAAGAAUUCAAGGUCAAAUUGCACACGAUUUAGGCUUCAGACUUGAUUGUGACAUGGAUGAGACUGCAAGAGCGAAAAACUAUCCAUGAGGUUAAAUAAUGGUGACAAAAUUCUCAUAGUCUUGGAUGACAUUUGGGAAAAGCUUGAUCUUGAGGACAUAGGGAUUCCCCUUAGUAGAAAUUGCAAGGUUGUUUUGACUGUCCGGCGCCAAGAAGUCUGUAUCUUGAUGGAGUGUCAAAUAGCGGCCUAUUUACCACUCCUAAGCGAAGAGGAAUCUUGGAUUUUAUUUGAAAGCAAUGCGGGCUUGAUAAUAGAUAUACACUAAAAAAUUUGGCGCUGCUGAUUUUAACAGAAUGUCAAGGAUUACCUCUUUCAAUUAUUGCUUUGGCUAGAGCUUUGAAAGACAAACCAAGCAUGUUUGGAGGAAGCAUUUAUGACAUUGGGAAAUCAUGACGCAUAAAAUAUAUCAGGUGACGUGGCAAAUAUUUUUAAAAGUCUGAUAUUAAGUAUCGAUCACUUGCGUGGUGAUGAAACAAGAUCACUUUUCUUUUUAUGUGCUCUCUUUCCGGAAGAUUCAACGAUUGCUCGGGAAAUUUUGAUCAGAUUUGCAUUUGGAUUGGGCAUAUUGAAGGAUGUUGACUCAUAUGAAAGAGCUAGAGCGAAGUGGGCGCCGUCAUUGAUAAACUCAUCGACUCUAAUUUGGUACUACAGGAAGACGAAAAAAGACAAUACAUACGGAUCCACGACUGGUGCGUGAUACAGCCCUUGUUUAGCAAGGAAAGUCAGUGA